AUGUCCUCGUCGGCACUCCGUACGUCAACGCGCACCUUCGCCCGACAUGCCUCCUCAUCGGCCAAGAAAAGACGGCAGCCCUCGCCUCCCAUUUCCCCCGACAAAAUGCGCGCUCUCAUCUCGCUCUACCACCAAUCUGAACACUUCAUAACACCCGAAAACCUCCUCCAGCGCAUCGACGAGGAGUUUUGCGGGAACGAUAAGCUGGCGCACACCGCUGUCGGGACAAUCUCGUACAAAGACCUGCAGAAUGAGCUGGACUUGCGACGGUCGGCGCCGAAGAUUAGCCAGUGGAGGAGGCGGGAUGGCGCCCACGGGGUACCUGGUUCGAUGUGGAGUAACUUUAAGAAUGUGAGGGAGUCGAAGGUCGUGGAGGCGCUGUAUGGGACGAUAGAUGCUGGUAAUAUUUCGCUGCCCGGAUUAGAGGUUCUUGAGGAGGAACAGGCGAAAGAACGGCAAUCGUCCGAAGAGUCUACAGAUGAGCAGGAGACUUACAAGUUUGUCUCCUACACUCGUGUUCGAUCCCAUAAGACUCAUGUACGAAAUUCUAGGUCGUCGUAG